AAACAGCAACAGUUUACCUGGGACUGUUUACAGCAGAGCAUCAAGAGGAGAGAACCCAUUCACUGAGGGACAAAGAAAAGAAAUAGACAAACUGCUGGAGGAAAAUAAUUCAUCUGACAGCAAAGAUGCAGUGGAGUCUGAUUCUGCUCUUCCUGAUGGCUCAGUGUUGCUUCAUGGACUGUCAGCUCUAUCAGUUUCACUACAUUAAUGAGAAUAAGACCUGGACUGAAGCUCAGCAGUACUGCAGAGAGAAACACACUGACCUGGUCACAGUGACUAACAUGAAGGACAUGAAGAGACUCAUCAACAUCUCAGCUGGAGAUCAGAAGGAAGCUUGGAUUGGUCUGAAUGAUCCAAUAAAUGGUAUCAGAACAUGGCGCUGGUCUCUGCCUGGAGUGGAGUUCAAUGAAAGUGAGACAAACUGGAACCCAGGAGAACCAUGGGAUCGCUGGAUUUCCAACUGUGGAAUUUUGGGGUGGAAUGCCAGAUGGUUUAAUGCAUACUGUACAUAUCAGUCCUUUUUCCUCUGUUAUGAUGAUAAAAUGAUCCUGAUCAAAGAAAAUAAAACCUGGGAGGAAGCCUUGUACUACUGCAGAGGUCACCAUCAUGACCUGGUCACCAUCACCAACAUGGACAAAGAGAAACAGGUUCAGGAGAAAGUCAAGAACGCAUCGACUCCUUUUGUCUGGAUUGGACUGCGUUUCAACUGCAGUAGGAAUGUUUGGUUCUGGGUCUGUGAUAACUGGACCUGGAAUGAACAGAAGGAUGACUGUAACAUGUUUGGAGCCAUGGAGGCAGGAGGAGAGCAUCGGUGGUUCCAAAGAAACGGCAGUGAGAGAUUUAACUUCAUCUGUACUAAUUAAUAAUUCUUCCUCUUCCUUUUAUUAUCAGUUUUUUUCACUUUGUGCUGCUUUUCAAUUGUGGCUUUAAUUAAAUU